CUUAGCUGUGAGUCUCACGUAGUCAUUAUUGCCACAAUAUUCCUUCAUCAACUUAUCGAUUUGCUUUUUGAAUAGUGACUGUAGCAUGUGAAGCAGGCCGACCAGUCACCACAUCCCAAAAAGUUGAAGUGGAACCAGGAUGGAUAGGCGUAUGGUUCCCAUGCGAUUACGGUCGAAAAUUAUCCGUCGUAUUGCCGGUCUGAUCACACGACUUCUCGAUCACCAAGUGCUUAAGGGGGCGGUCGCAGACAUGACAGAACACGAAAUAAUGGAUGUGUGUCUUUUAGUGCCAGAUGCAUUAAUGACAGAAACAUCUGUAAUAAAGCUGCAGUCAGACAACCCGAUAAUGGUGGUCGGUGAUAUUUUUGGACAAUACGGUCACCUGGUUCGAUUGUUCAAUAACUAUGGUCAUCCACCGGAACAAAAAUACUUGUUUCUCGGAAAUUACAUCAAUCAGGGCCCGAGGUCUAUUGAAACCAUUGCACUGUUGUUUGCUUACAAAGUUAAGUAUCCAAAGGAUAUAUUUCUACUCCGCGGAAAACACGAGUGCGAGCGGCUGGCCGAAAUCUACGGGCUGUACGAUGAGUGUGUGAAACGAUUUAGCCGCCGCAUUUUUCAUGCAAUUGUACAGGUUUUUCCUUACCUACCCUGUGUUGCCAUUGUAGAUAACCGUAUCUUUUGCGUGCACAGCGGGUUAUCACCAAUGUUUAGCCAAUACGACGUUACUGGAAUCAAGGCGCUGCGGAAAUUCAUUCGCAAACACAUAACUUUGCCAAGUGAAAGCAGUACGAAUCGGCUCAUCUCACAUUUAGUCUGGUCUGAUCCGGAAGAAUCAAUAGACCUGUGGGACCAAAACCCUGUUGGCUUGGGAUAUCUUUACGGAGCAAAAGCCGUAGAAGAGUUUUGUGAACGAUUCGAAAUUCAGCAAAUUAUUCGCUCAAGUGAUGUGAUUCAAAGCGGAUACGAAUUUUUCACUUGCCCAAAGCUACUUACUGUUUUCUCAGCUCCAGACUACAUGGACAUUUAUGAGAACGAUGCAUGUCUUGUAUUCUUGUUUCGGAUGUAUAAACACUCCGAAAUCAGGGGCCAAUUAAAUGUAGUUUCCCCCAUCAUUCGCCUGCGUAACAAGCCAACAAUGCGAAUGAACGUAAGCUUGUCAUCUUUCCCAAUAGAGUUUGGUUCAGGUAUUCGUCUAGCAAGGAUAUUUCUAUGUUCAUUGCAACAUCUUGGCUAUUCCAAUUCCAGUUUUCUUCCUUUCGUUGCUGUAGCUUGUCUUUUCGGUUCAACUCAAUGUCUAUCCACCAUUCUGCGGGUUACCGAAAGAUCGCCUAAAUACAGCGCUUGGAUUCCAUCUUUCGAUUUGUUUAUUCUUCCUGCAAAGGAACGAUGGGAUUUGAGCUAG